AGAAAAUCACAGCAAUCACAGUCAUUAGAGUAACAAACAGUGACCUCGUGUAGAGCCACAUAGAAACCACCACGAAUAGUGCGCCCAAUCCAAGCAGCCAACCGUCUCUAAGAAGGCAUUCAUCAAACAACGCGUUUUUCAAGCCCAUAUCAAUAGCAACUACCGCUACCAAAUCAUUUUCAAGAUUCCUGGAACAAUACGAAAAUUAAAUUAUGAAUCCAUUAACGGAAUUUGAGAAAACACUCUAUCGAAGGGUUGCUGAGCAUCCGGGUGUGUGGAAACCAAAACUUUACGCAUCAUCGCCUAUCAAAACGGCUAUAGAAUCAACCGACCCGAACCUUAUUAACGGUUACGCAUUCAAGAAUCUAUAUCUUCAGUCGCCAACAGAGCUGUCUGCUGAUCAGCAUUCAGAACUAGAAAGUUACGAGCAGUUCGUUGCACGUCUGAGCGAUCUGCACAGCUCCGUCUAUCGACAGUAUUUUGAAGGGAAAGAUUUGGAAAUCGAUACAUUACAGCAAAACAUGCUAGAUCAACAAAACUCAACCUAUCGGAGACACUACUGCCAAUCUGAUAGGAAGGUCAACUCAAUUGACGUGACUAGGAAAAAGAUACGAGCUCAAAAAUUAGCAGUUACGCUUCCCCCUGGCUGGGAGUUCAAAUAUACAACUUCAGCAGUAAGCGAAGCUUUUUUUACAAUUUCCCAGCACCCAUCGGAACUGGAAUGACCUGUCGGCAUUAGCUCAGAUGCCAACCACCAAUUUGAAUUCGCAACAAUAAUAAUAAAUUCAAUUGCUACUCACUCUUGCCGCAAACUGUGGUAAAAUUCGAGCGACUUAAUGCUCCUGGCAAUCGGCAGAAAAAUCAUGGCAGCACCUAGAAAUUCGGCAGAUUCCUGAAAAAAUGUACAUAUUAAAGAUACAGCGAAAAAUCUACCAUCUGUUAACUUACGUUCAGCUUAAUAAACUCGACAUCGGUCAAAUAGUGCAAAAUGUUAUAC